AUGGCGAGAGGUCUCGUUAUUGGAAUUUGUUGGGCCUUACUAGCACCAAUACUUGUGAAUGGAGCCUUUCAGUUGCAGAAGGUGAUUUGCGAGUCCUCGAACACCUCGAUUUCGGAGUUCACCCGCUGCGAGAUGAAGAUUGUUCGACGGGGAGUGGCCGCAUUUUUUAUGGUCUGGAAGCUUUACAAAGUCCCCAUCGACAACGUGGAAAUCAAUGUGGCGCUGUACAAGAAAUCGAAUGGAUAUCGUCCAUUUCUCUUUAAUCAGACCCUGGAUUAUUGUUACUAUAUGCGUAAUCCCAAAGCGCAUCCAUUGAUUUAUACGAUGCACAAGGUUUUUCUACCCUCAUCCAACAUGAAUCAUUCGUGUCCAUACGAUCACGAUUUGAUAAUAAAUAACUUCGUCUACAAUAAAAAUGACUUAAAAGAUCUACCCGUACCCAAUGGGGACUAUAUGAUAAAGGUGCAAGUUGCAACUGACAAGGAAUAUCGUGUAUUUGUAAGGAUUUAUGCAACCAAAAAGGAUUGA